GUUAAGCAGGGAGAGUUAAUGCAAUUGUGUAGACGGGAAGAUAUGGUCAAGGGGAAUAGACCAACUGUAUGAGGAUUGAAAUAUGAAUGUCCAGUGUGUGAAGUUAGAUGAGAAUGAAUAAAGUGCAGUGUAGGAGAGUAGGGGAAAGGAUGCGGAGAAGAGGACUAAAAGUUGCCGAGGUCCACUACGAAAUGCCGAAUGCAAAAUCAAAGCUCAGCGAGCGUAUUAAUAUUAAUCAUACAUGCGAUCCCAAUGUCAAGGCAAAAAUUAUUCACAGGCGCCAGGUCAUGAUAGCUCGUCGUCGAAUAUGCAAGCAACAGGAAGUACGGUAUAUACACACAUGACGGUUUCAAGAAGGGGUAUCAAGCAAAGUCAUA